AUGGUGCGUUUAAUGAUAAUAUGGGCUGAUAUUCAUCACGUUUUAUGCCUUUUUUUGUUCCUUGGGACUACAUUUGGCCUGCAUGAAACGGCACCGAAUAUAAUCGUCUUGAUGGCUGAUGAUCUGGGGUGGAACGACGUCGGUUUCCACGGCUCUAAUCAGAUACCUACCCCGAACAUAGACGCCCUAGCGUAUAACGGAAUUAUAUUAAAUAGACAUUACGUCUUGCCGUCUAGCACACCUUCCAGAACCGCGUUUUUCACCGGAAAGUAUCCGAUGCGUAUGGGUAUGCAGGGGGAGGAUAUACAGGGUGGCGAACCAAGAGGACUACCCCUCAGCGUGAGGAUCUUACCGGAACACUUGCGGGGACUAGGGUACACGACAAAGCUGAUCGGGAAGUGGCAUUUGGGGUACCACACGCCUCAGCACACGCCCUUGCACCGUGGCUUUGAUUCCUUUCUUGGCUUUUACAAUAGUCAUGUUUCGUAUUAUGACUACAAGUACUCAUAUCAGAAUAUGAGCGGGUAUGAUAUGCAUCGUGGCGAUGCUCCGGCUUACGGCUUAACCGACAAGUAUGUGACGGACCUUUUCACCGAUGAGGCAGUUAGGAUUAUCCAGGGUCACGACCCGUCUCGGCCGCUCUAUCUCCAAAUAUCGCAUCUCGCUGUUCACGCGCCUCUCGAGAACCCGCAAGAUUACGAUCACUACGACAAGCGGUUCAUGCAGAUCCGGGAACAAAAUCGUCGCAAGUAUGCCAGGAUGGUAUCGAAAUUAGACGAUUCCGUUGGGCGCAUCGUGCAUACUUUGGGUAACCGGGGGAUGUUAAGGAAUUCGGUGGUCCUCUUCCUCACUGACAACGGUGCGGCGCCUAUUGGCAAAUUUCGCAAUUUCGGCUCUAAUUAUCCCUUACGUGGUAUGAAAUACACCCUUUACGAGGGUGGGGUGAGAGGAGUUGCCGUGCUGUGGUCACCAAAAUUGCGUAAAGCAGCACGUGUGUGCGAUGACCUGGUGCACAUAUCCGACUGGCUGCCAACCCUCUAUGCCGCCGCUGCUGGCGAUCUGACGGAUUUGGGGGAGAUCGACGGGGUGAAUCAGUGGCGCAUGUUGAACGACGGUUAUCCGAUAGUCAGGGACAAGCUGUUGCUGAACAUCGACGAGAUUUCCAAGACCGAGGGUGCCAUAUAUAAGCAGUACAAGCUUCUUCGAGGAUCGAUGGAAGGUGGCCACUACGAUGGAUAUUACCCUGACUACGAAAGAAAUUAUUUACCUACAUAUUUCAACGAUUCGAAGAAAACAGCACAGGAGGAACUGCCACCCUACACCGAGACCAUCCUGAAGAGCGCAGUGUCGCAGAGCAUCACCUAUCAUCUGGGCGGUCCGGUCACUCAGCCCAGCACGAUGAUUCAGUUACGACACGAAGCCAUGGUCCAUUGUCGAUCCAAUUCCACUUUAUACAGAGACAAUUUUUUCACUUGCAACGUGACGGAGUGCCUCUUCGAUAUCGAGAACGAUCCUUGCGAAACGAAGAACAUCGUCGAGCAAUAUCCGAGGGUCGCUCGCGAGCUGGAUCAAUUUCUGGAGCAGUACGGACGCAAUGUCACGAUACAAGUCAAGCCGCCGGUGGACUGGCUCGCUGAUCCAAGAAGGACGAACAACACGUGGGAGCCAUGGAUACCAUCGAGCGAUUCGUUUUAUCCGUACAACGCGGCGGCUAAGUUGGUCGGUUUGGCAUAUUAUCUUCACAUCGGGGUCGUCCUCGUAGCGGUCGUGUGUAAAACUUUUGUUUGAACAAUUAUCCCGGUCGAAACGCAAACGUGUAUAAUACGUAAUGAAAUCCCAUAAGUCCGUCUAGAUUCUAGAUUAAGGCCCACUGUCCACGGAGCGU